AUGGAAUUGUCUCCACCAGACGACAGGAGACCGAACUUCCAGGCUGUCUCAGACGAGAGUAUGUUAACCGACCAGAACGGCGGAGGUGAGACACCUGGGGCAUGGGAGGUCGACAGCGCGGUCACAAUCGAGCUUCCUGAGCAUCUCAAUGGCAUGGAUGGUAAGAGGGCUCUCAUGUCGGAGCUUGGCGAGUAUUAUGUCCCGUUCUAUGAUGUCCCAUUCUAUGAUGUCCCAAUCCUGGUUGUCAUUUACCCUCCUAACGGUGCUGAUCUGUAUCUUCAAGUCUUGAAACCAGAGUCCGGUGAGCUUAUCUCCGUUGCGCUACCGAGCGAUGUCCUACCAAAUCUAAACUUCAUAUGCAACAUAGUAGCUUCCUAUCGUUUUCAAUCCUCUGCACUAUAUACCUCUCGUCGACCUAUCAUGCAAAUAUUUAGCAUGCUGGAAGCCCCUUCGCCACUCUUUGAAAAAACCGGUGUCAUUCUUGAUUUAACUGUCUAG